AUGGCUAACGAAACAAAGCUUCCGAUCUGGAAAAUUGCGGCGCAAGAGGAAGAACAUAUUUGGUAUCUUGGAUAUGGCUCGAACAUGAAAGCCAGCUCCAUGAAGGGUCGAAACAUCACUCCAUUGGCUACCAGGAUUGUCAAUGUCCCAACCCAUUAUGUCACAUUCGACGUCUUUGGAAUCCCGUAUUCCGAGCCAUGCUAUGCUAGCAUCGAAGAAUUCCCAAAUGGUGGAACUGGAAAACACCAACUGCUCCACGGCGACACAAAGAUUCCUGUUCCGUCACUGUGCGGCAUUGCCCAUCUUUUGACUGCAGUCGAGUUUCACCGGCUACUGGUCACUGAAGGCAGCGGAGUUGUGUACGCUAUUGUUAAGCUCCAAGCAUACCAAUUAGACGAAGCGCACAAAGUCUCUGGUGACAGCUUCGCUGUAUAUACUUUGAAGGCAAAAUGGCCAUUGCGGCCUAACGGUACACCAAGUGCUCGAUAUGUGAAUCUUUUCCUCCAUGGAGCUAGGGAAAAUGACCUACCACCCGAAUACAUCAAAUACCUUGAAAGCUUCCCUCGCUAUCUAAAACUAGAAGGAUCAGAUAGAACAUACGGCCAACUGGUCUUUGACGCAGGAUGGAGGCCAUUCUUGAAGCGGCUAGUUCGUCUUACGACUUGGAGAGUUGAUGAUGAUGGCAAUUGUCCAGCAUACAUCGCCUUGAUAAUUGUCUGGGCAUACCGACUAAUGUGGUUAUAUCACGAUUAUGUCCAUAGGCAUAUUCUAGGUAGAGGCGACGGGGGUAAAAUACUCUGGGAGGCUAUAGAUCAAUAA